CGACCCACACCAGGAGCCAAUCUAAUGAAUCAAAAGUGAACCCACCAACUCCAAAAGAAUAUUUUGAUAGAGCGUUGAAAAAUCUGGGAGAGACUGUUCUUUAACUUUCCCAAACGUUGAUUCUUCUUCUUCUUCUUCUUCUUCAUCCCCUCUACGCAAUCGCCCACUUCAGAUUCGCCAACUUCUCUGCAACAGUAGCACCGCCAAUCACAGUCCCCAUACCUUUUCAUAAUGCAGAAGAGUCCGUCAGCAUCCGCCUUAGGUCCCGGCGGCCUCGACCUUUCACAGGCCUUCUUCAAGCCCAUCCCUGACGCCUCUCCUCCCUCGACCUCCAAGGGCAACACUAAAAUCUCUGUUAUUGGCGCUGGUAACGUCGGCAUGGCCAUCGCUCAGACCAUCCUCACUCAAGAUUUGGCCGAUGAACUCGUCCUCGUCGACGCCAAGCCUGACAAGCUCCGCGGCGAAAUGCUCGACCUCCAACACGCCGCCGCCUUCCUCCCCCGCACCAAAAUCAGCGCCUCCACCGACUACUCUAUCACCGCUGGAUCCGAUCUCUGCAUUGUCACAGUCGGCGCUCGUCAGAUCGCCGGCGAAUCUAGGUUGAAUCUCCUGCAGAGGAACGUUGCUCUAUUCCAGAAGAUAGUUCCGCCGCUUGUUCAGUACUCUCCCGAUACGAUAUUGUUAAUCGUUUCGAAUCCGGUGGAUGUUUUGACCUAUGUUGCUUGGAAGCUCUCUGGUUUUCCCUCGAAUCGAGUUAUUGGAUCAGGAACAAAUCUGGACUCGUCUAGGUUUAGGUUUCUCAUUGCCGAUCAUCUCGACGUCAACGCUCAGGACGUUCAGGCAUACAUAGUGGGGGAGCACGGCGACAGCUCAGUGGCGCUCUGGUCAAGCAUAAGCGUGGGCGGGGUGCCAAUACUAAGCUUUCUAAAGAGCCAACAAAUUGCGUACGAGAAGGAAACAUUAGAGAACAUUCACAAGGAGGUGAUAGGGGGGGCGUAUGAAGUAAUACGCCUAAAGGGCUACACGUCAUGGGCGAUCGGGUACUCGGUGGCUAGCCUUGCCCGAUCACUCCUUCGUGACCAGCAGAGGAUCCACCCUGUAUCCGUCCUCGCAAAAGGGUUCUACGGCAUUGAUGGGGGCGACCUGUUCCUCAGCCUGCCCGCACGGCUAGGGCGAGGCGGAGUAUUGGGGAUUACCAAUGUGCAUCUAACCACGGAGGAGAUGCGGCGGCUGCAGGACUCGGCCAACACCAUCUUGCAGGUGCAAUCGGAGUUGGGGAUUUGAAAACUUCAGCACUUGCUAACCAUGGAUGAUGAUAUGAAUGUUUUUGAUGAUAUAUUUUGAUGGGUUGCUGUGCUAACCAUGGAUUAUGAACGUGUAGGUCAUUAUAUAGAUUUUAAUUA